UUUAGUUAGAGAACCUUGGGUUAUCUAUUACUUAGUGAACACUACAGGUCUUAAAGGACAUGUUCCAGCUUAUAUCUGUAUUUAUCCUUGUCCUUCUUCAACAGACUAGAUGUCUGCCUGUUGAUUUGGUUGAUGAAGGACAAGAACUUACACUAGAUGUUCUUCACAUCAACGAUAUUCAUUCAUACUUUGAGGAAACCAAUCAAUAUUCAGCUAGAUGCAGGGAUCCAAGCCCUCAGUGCUAUGGAGGAAUUGCAAGAGUGUUUACAAAGCAAAAAGAAAUAAGAGAGAGAAGUCCAGCUACUACAAUAUUUCUGAAUGCUGGAGACUUUUACCAAGGAACCCUUUGGUAUUCCAAAUUUAAAUAUGAACCUAUGAUUGAGUUUGGAAACCAUCUGAACUACACAGCAAUGGGACUUGGAAACCAUGAUUUUGAUGACAAGAUUGAAGGUCUUACUCCAUUUUCUGAUAUGAUCAGUUUUCCUCUACUAGCGUCCAAUAUUAACAGCGAUGAAUCAGAUCUUGUGGAAGGAAAACAUUAUUACAAGUCUACUGUGGUUGAAGUUAACGGAACUAAGGUUGGCAUUAUUGGAUACAUUACUCAAUCAACCAGAUAUAAUUUCCCAGAUGGAGAAGUUGCAUUUACUGAUGAAAUUGCAAGUGUUAGAAGAGAAGCAGAAAAACUUGAUGCUGAAGGUGUAAAAGUUAUUAUUGCUUUGGGACAUUCUGGAUAUGAAACUGACAUAGUGCUGGCUAAACAAGUUCCACUCUUAGAUCUAGUUGUUGGUGGCCAUUCUCACACCUUUCUAUACACUCCGGAGAAUGAAGAUGAUAAACCAAUUGACUACAUUCAAGGAGCAUAUCCAACUUAUGUAACAUCAGCGGAAGGAAAUAAAGUUAUUCCUGUUGUACAGGCCAAAGCCUACAAUAAAUAUCUUGGCCAUCUUACUCUUAAUUUUGAUGUAAAUGGAGAACUAAAGCUUCCAUUGGAAUCUGAAGGUGUUAGUUUUGCAAAACCUUAUUUGAUGGAUGGUACAGUGGCACCUGAUGAGGAAACCUUAAGCAUGAUGGUUAAGUGGCAAGAUAGGCUCAGUGAUUACAAGAAAACUCUUGGUUACAGUGAGGUACUUUUAAAAGAAAAAGGAGAUAGUGAAGAAAGUAAUAUUGGAAAUGCAAUUACUGACUCUAUGAUCGCUGUUUAUGAGGAUGCCUCAAUAGCAAUGGUUAACAAUGGUGGUAUUCGAAGCAGUAUUCCUGUUGGUAAUAUUACUGGAGAAGAUAUCUACUAUGUCCUACCAUUUGAAAAUACUGUGGAUAAGCUUGUUUUGUUGGGAAGUGAGCUAAGAAAAGCAAUUGAAGUUGCAGCCAGUAAACUCAGCUAUGCUGAUCAUGAUAAGUACCCUGGGUUUGGAUUACAGUUAUCAGGAGCACAGAUAGAUAUGGUUGUGACAGAGGAAAACAAUGCUGGUAAUAGAAUCCAAAGUUUCAAAGUGAAGAACACUGAUGGUGGGUUUGACGACUUAAAAGAAGACCAACCGUACACCUUAGCUAUUGGAUCUUUUUUGGGUCCUGUCGGGAAACAAAAAUAUUUGAGAGGUAUUUUCGAUGAAGUGGAAAUCAUUGAGUAUACUCCUGGAGUAAAAACAGAUUAUGAAGCUAUGGCAGAAUGGGUUGAGACCAACUCUCCAAUCAAUGCUAAAAUUGAAGGAAGAUUUUCAGUUAACUAUGCCACUAAAUUAUAAUAUUUUAAGAGUUAAUUACAGAACAAUUAAAUAAAAAAAUUUUAAAAACGUGAA